AUGAAUAUUGAUGUGGUCGGACGGAUUCGUCCAUCUAUCCGUGCUGAAGGCUCUGGCAACCUUAUCAUCGAUGGACAGAGAAUAGCAGCGCAGUCUAAAGGACCUUUUCUCAACUUUUCCUAUCUCCACCACAAGGAUGCAGGAAACUAUGAUGUGUUCAAGCACUCGGUGGAAAACCUGCUGGACCUGUAUUUGGCUGGAUUUAAUGUUUGCCUCCUUGUCAUGGGUGAGAGUGAGUCUGGCAAGUCUUUCACUGUUGCUGGAGAAACGGCUAACAAGGCCGGCGUGGCACCGAUGGUAUUUGAUUACCUUUUCAGCAGACUUGCAGAAGAAAAAUUCAUGGCGGACACUAAGGUAAGGAGACAUAGCCCCACAGUGACUCUCCAGAUGUAUGAAGUAUACAAUGAACUGAUUAAGGACCUGCUCCAGGUUCCAGGGGUCAGUGGUGGGGCUUAUAAAGAUCUCACAGAAUCAGCAGACAAGGGAGUUCAUGUAAAGGAUGGUGUCUCUGUGACCCUGAAAGAUGCUUCAGAUGCAAACUCCUAUUUCAGAGCAGGAAUGGGCCGAAGAACAGAGACCACCACUGAUUAUGGACCUGCUUCAAACAAUGCAAGCACCAUCAUUAACUUCGAUCUUGUGAUGAGUGUUGGUGACAAUCCACAGCCCAACAAGUCACGCUUCACCAUUGUUGAGUUACCAGGAUUGGAGAAGCUUACAGACGAUCCAACAGAUCUCCGUCAACGUGAAGGGGCUAGUCUUAGCAAGGCCCUCAUUGCCCUUAAUGCAACAUUAACAUCACUCGCCCACAACCCUUACCCAGACCGUGUCAUCAACUAUAGUGAUUCAAAACUGACCCAGCUGCUGAGAGAGGAACUUGGAGGAAAUUUCAAAACUAGAGCAAUUCUAUGUCUGAAACCACAUACAGACCAAAGAAAUCUAUCAUCUAUUCUGACAUUUUGUACUCGUGUGACACAAGUGAAAAACUUUCCUGUCAUCAAUGAUAGCUUUGCCCAGAAUUUGAUUACACAAUACCGAGCCCGUAUCCUUGACCUUCAACACCAGGGAGGUGUCGGACCAUCACCAAUGUCAAAGAUCACCAACCUUAAUGACAUUCAGGAGACCAUCCGCCAACUACAGACAGACAAUCUGAGACUGAAGGAUGAGAAUGAGAGGCUGCGGAACCGCUAUGAUUCCGUCCAGGAUAAGUUUGGCAACAUGGCCACCACCAAGACGGACUUGUCUCAGCAACUGCUCCUGACAGAGGAAGAGAAACUUAAGGUUUCCCAAUCUCUGGUCGAAAUGCAGAUUGAGAACAACAAACUGAGGGAAGAGUCAGAGGCAACAAAGUUUGAGCUCAAUAACAAGAUUUUGUUGUUGGAGAGAGCAGUAAUUGAUGCAGAGAAUGAGAGAGAUAGAGCUGUAAAGGGAUCACGAUAUGCUAAAGACAGAGUGGUGGAGAUGGAAAAAGACAGGAAGGAUUUAGCAGAUGAAUAUGUUGUUUUAAAGACAAACUACCUGGCCUUGGUUAGAGAGCAUGAAAAAGAGACAAAAAAGAAUGAAGAGCUUAGUAUUGAGGUCCUUAACUUGGUCAACGCCAAGGCAGCCCUGAUGAAAAGGCUUCUCACUUUGUCUGGAGGAGACAGCAGUGUAGGUGACCCAGAUGCUGAAAUCAGCAGGGUCAAAGCCCUCGUCAUUAAGAACUCUUCAGGCAGGGUCAGGACUGAUGAAAUCCUUGGUACACAGAAUGAUCGUGCUAAUGUGGAGGACUCGUUGUUUAACAACAAGAAGAGAUACGACAGAGACUUGGAGAGAUUGAAGCAGGACCACGGAGAGGAGUAUCGGAAGUUAGAAUCCAAAAUAACUACCCUACAGAAGGAGGUGAAUGAGUCAAGGAAUUUAGCAAGAGACAGGCAGAAGAAAAUGGCUGAAAUGAAUGCGUCUCUGAUUGUGUUGAGAGGAGAGAAGGAACAGCUCGAGCUGCUGAACAAUCGGCUUCAACACAAGGUGAAAGAUCUAGGCGAGGACUACAGGUCUCGACUCAUCAAAUAUGUUGAAGAUAUUUCGGAAUAUGUGGAUAAGGGUAAAGGUAUUCCUGAUGGUCAUUCAGCCACACAGAUGAGAGAAUACAUGGAUAAAAUGGUAAAGGAUAUUACAAGGUCACACAAGGAACGAGAGGAACAGUUGAGUAAGGCAGCACAACAGUAUCGUGAUAGACAGAAACAACUCAUACAUAAGUAUGAGGAGUUAUUAAUACAUUACAGAAACCUACGUCUUAUGUGUGAACAGAGAGGUAUAGAUCAUUUGGACAUGGGUCCAGAUGAACAGGAGAUUACUAUGACUGAUUCAGAGAUGACUUCUGCAAACCUUAGGGAGAUAGCAAGAUUGAAAACAGAGCUUAAUAAAACAAAACAGAAUGCAUCUAAUCUAAAAACCAAGUUUGGAGGCGACCCUGAUCCAGGAAGAGUUAGUGACAUGCCGGCUGAAUCUUGGUCUAUGCUGAGGAAACAGCUGAGGGAGUACACACUGAACACUCAACAACAGUUGGAAGAGGAGAGAGCACGACUUAUAAGUGAAAACACUUCCCUAAAGGAACAGUUACGAGAAAGUCAAGAUUACAUCGAACAACAUCUGGUCAGGUACAAACAAGAGAUUGUUAAAUUACGUAGAAAGCUUGGUUAUGACGAGGAUGGGGGAGUUAUUCCAGGAGUCCCAGGAGGUUACAGUGACAGGGGACCACGGCGCCCAAGGCGCAAGUAGAAAUAAUAAUAAUGUCCCCAUACAGUUACAGGGCAGUAGACUCCAUAAUGCAGAAUGUGGAGUCUGCAGUCAUUGAAUAACUUCCCCAAUGACAGUUGCCCUUGACAAUCAGGGGAACAUUUAUGGUGCAGCUUAGCGAUGGGCUCCUAACAACCAAAUCACAAAUUGAAUAUGAUCAUCAAUCUCUAGUAGUCCUGCGAGGUUACUAAUGGACUUGAUGUCAUGGGUAGACAUGCGAUAAACGUGACUCCUAUUGUCAAUGUAAUGCUACCAUUUGUCAGUGAUAAACAACAGAUUGUAGAUCCUGUGGUUACAGACAACUAUAAUUACAAUAGGAAUGAAAUGAUAUAAGAUAAAUAAAUAAGCAUGCACAGUUUAGCUGCCACUAUUUCAAGAUAUCAGUAGCAAGGAACAAGUGAAUUCUUAGUCAGUUAACCCAGACUGUGAUACGUAUAACCAUUCAAGUGUGAUGUUAGUGAGGAUUUUAGUCCAGGAUGUAACAAUGUAUAUAUAUAUUUGUAGGUGCUCAAUAUCCAAGCUAAUAUAAAAAGCUCCAGUUUCAUAAUAUAACAAAUACACCGAAAAUAUCACUAGUUGUUUUAUUGCCAUAGAUCAGGAUAGCUGUAUAUAUGUUCCUGUUGAACACUCUAGAAAAUUUAUAAUCGGCAUUAUUAUCUCCCUUUGAUGGCAAAUGUUUUACUCGCUGUGUUAAAUUUUCACAAUUCUUUUCAUGGGAUAUGAUAAAUUGGAAAAGUGCUGUUAAUAUGGAAGAUAAAAACCACUGAUUUUGUAUUAAAUUUGAAAUUUCAUGAAACGGAUGUCAUAAUUCAUUUGAAUAUCCCUGCUACAAUUGAACCCAGCACCUCUGGUUUACUAGUUCUAUGCGCAUCCAUUUGAAUUAAAGAGAACAUCUCUUUAGCCCAGUGAUUUAUAUUGUGGUUAUUUUACAAGGGUGACAAUGAUGUCAUUACUGUUGAUGGUAUAUGUUUUGCACUUGCAUUUUCUUGGCUUUCUGUUCUUCAUUGUUUCUGUUGGUUUUUCAUUCUGUGUUAAGUCAGAAAGAAAAUUUAGAUGCUUUUUGUUUAGUCAAGGAAAAAAUAGAAUGUCGCUAUCUAUUUUCUUUUCAUAUAUUAAUCAAGGGAAAAAAAUCCAGAGUUUUCAUCACAUUAUCAUCUUGUGUGUAUAUUUUUUAAGAGUAGAUAAAUAAGGGUAUACAAUGGGUAAUAGCUUAUCAUCAGCAUUUGUACCUCAAUCUCUUGGUACUGAAUUUAUUGACAGUGUACAAUAAAUGUAUGAAAAAUUAUCAUAGCCAAAAUGUAUGAUGAUAAAAUCAUAUUAACCUAGAAUUUUCACAUACACCUGCCCAUGAAUAGUAAGUAUGUUUAUUUUGUGGUAUC